AUGAAUCCAUGCCUUUGGCAAGUCAAAAACAAGGACUACCAUGAUCGUGACAAAAAAGAAGCUGCUUAUAAAUUGCUCAUAGAAAAACUUGGAGAAAUUGAGCCGGAUGCUAACAAAACAGCAGUUGUGCGAAAAAUUAAUAAUUUGAGAAGCAAUGUCAGAAAAGAAAAGAAGAGGUAUGAACAAUCGUUGAAGUCUGGGGCAUCUGCUGAUGAUGUGUAUCAUGUAAAAUUGUGGUACUACGAUUUAUUUGAUUUCUUGCAUGAUCAAAUAUCACCCAGGGAAUCUUCAUCCAACUUGGAUAGUGACGAAGAUAGUUGUGAGGGACAUUUAGAUCAACAAAAUUCACCUAACGGUGAAACAGUUAACAGUGAAACAACUAAUAAUAACGAGGUCCAAUCAAGAUCAUCAAAUAAUUAUUCAUCACGCCCACCAAAACCGGAUAAAGCAAAAAGAAAAGAUGAAUCCAUAACACAUGAAUUAUUAGAAUCUGUACGAGAUCAUUUUAAACGUCCUCGUGAAAAAACAGAAGACCGCUGUGAUGUUAUUGCCAAAAAUAUUGCGAUGAAACUGAGGGCUUUAGAUGCAACUAACCUGUGUGUCGUAGAAAAGCUUAUAAAUGAUCUACUGUUUGAAGCAGAAAUAGGACACCUCACACCCGAUCACGCCUAUAUUAACAUGAGAGAUAAUUUGAGGCAACAUCAACGAAGCUAUGUUCCUGCUCAGCAAUAUCAACAACAGGUUCAUUAUCAAUCAUCUCCUAUUUUCAAUGAGUCAUAUGCCCCAAGUUUUGUUUAUUCAGGAAGUCCUAGCCCACCUUGUUUUCCUUUACAGUCUGGUCAACAUUCACAGCAUAGAUCUCAAUUAUUACCACCUAGCCAUAUAAACAACAGUCAACAAGCCGAUACCUACUCUAUAGAAAUGCAAACACCUACAAUUCAAGUCUAUCACGAUGAAACAGCGGCACUACCAUCGAAUCCAGGUUCUACAGCGACAUUUAUCAAUAAUUUCAACCCUGAUUUGGUAUAA